GGGAAGGGUGGAGGCAUUUAAUUCAGUGACUGCUCUUUUGCAGGUUCUUCUCUUCUGCUUUGGAGUGGCUGAUGCAUUUUUCUGGGGGCUGCACUCUGGUUAUUCCAUGAUCCUUAGCUUUGUGGAAUUUGGGCCCUCCUGGUAGAUCUGAAACCCUAAUCUGAAAGGGCUCCUCAGAGUUAUUCCAGGAGAUGAAAGGAGGAUGGCCACAGAUAAUGGGGAGAAAUGUGUGCUGGAGGAUUCCGAUCUUGUGGGACUCAGUGUGACAUCAAUGAAGCAAGAAGAGGAGACUCAUUCUGAGCACUGUGAGCAGAGAAGGGCCUCCCCAAGUCAGGAAAGAGAAGAAGGUCCACAGGAAACCCACACAAUGGAGGAAGCAGCAGAAUCGGUUCCUAGUGUUGGAGGAUUCGGGAUUGCCAGGGAAAGCACAGUGCUGGCAGGAACCGAACCAGGUGACAUGCAGGAGAGUGAGGAUUGGGGAGAUCCAAGAGGGAGACCAUCAUCAGGAGGAGUGGCACAUGAAGAAUGGGAAGAGAACCUUUGGAAUCAGGAUGGUCCAGGGAGGCAGGAGGGAAAGCGCACUGAGGAAAAGAAGGAUGAGAAAACCAAAGAAGAAAACCCAACAGAAAGAGAGAACAAGCAGUUUAAUGCUCGGUUGACAACCCACACAGAGGAGAAACAAAACACAGACACGGAGAAUGUUGGUCAGAGCAAAAAUCUUUCUGGAUAUCUAAAGUUCUACAGAGUAGAGGGACCCUAUAAAUGCUUGGUGUGUGGAAAGGCCUUCAACUGGAGCUCAGGUCUUAUUAGACAUCAAAAAACCCACACAGGAGAAAAACCACAUAAAUGCCUGGAAUGUGGAAAGAGCUUUUAUCAGAAACCUCACCUUACUUUACAUCAAAGAAUGCACACUGGAGAGAAGCCCUACAAAUGCUCUCACUGUGACAAAAGCUUUAGUGAUCAAACAACCUUUAUUAGGCAUGAAAGAAUGCACAUAGGAGAGAGGCCAUACAAAUGCUCACGCUGUGACAAAAGCUUCACUCGGAAAGCUAACCUUACUAAGCAUGAAGAAACCCACACAGCGCCCAUACUGUAUAAAUGUUCACACUGUGGCAAAAAGUUCCUUAAGAAAUUUCAUCUUCUUCAACAUCAAAUGACCCACAAAAAGAAGAAACCAUAGACAUGCUUGGAAAAUGGGGAGAGUUUCCAUCACAUAUCAACUCCUUGUGCAUGAUAAAGAAGCCCUAGCACAAAGACAUUGAACAAAUGCUCACAUUGCAGUGAGAGCUUUGGUGAUUAAUCAAUCCUGCCUUAAUGAACUCAGGAGAACACACACAAGAGAUGAAACUACAUGACUGCUUGGGUUAGGGAAAGGUCUCUGUUGCAGCAAUUGGUCUGUAUCACAACAAGGGUCCCACAAAGCGGCAACAUUCUGUCUGUGUAUGUAAAUACAAUUGCAUGAUCAGGUGGAAAGUUGUUCUGAGUAGCCUGCACUUCUAAGCCUUGGGAAGUUCAGGGUAUAGAACAGGACCUUGUUGGUGGUUGCUCUGUUAUGUAACCCUCAAUAGGCAUUUCUGGUUUUUUGAUAGCUUCAGUAGUAUACUUUAGAGUGCUGGGUUCAAUGUUGCCAGUGCUUUGUUUGAUUAAAAAAAUGGCGAGAAAUGUAAUGUGGUGAUUUCCCCAUUGAUUGCAUAACUGCAGCCAUCCUCUUCUGAUAGAUCUGGGUUUCCUCCCAAUGGAGAGGGCUCAUUCACCCUUGAAUGGUACUGAAGACUUUUCUGACAAGUGGCCAAUUCUCAAUCUGAUCAUAAACCAGAUUUUGUACCUGAAAUGUGAAUUCAUGAAAGAGGAGGAAGAGAAAUGUCAGGGAAAUUGCUCUCUUUCUAGCGUUUAAUGUGACAAAUAGUUGCUGCUUUUUAAUUAUGUUUAAUGUCUGUAUGGGAACGUAUUUGCUCUGCUUACUAAUAAAGUUGAAUGUGUUUCUCAGUUUCUAUUAAA